AUGGACGGUGGUAUCACUAAGGAUGGUCUCUUUGCUGUCAACAACACUGUCGCUCCAAAGCCCAGCAGCAUUUUGUCCUUGUUUAGCUUGAAGGGUAGGACGGCGGUGAUCAGUGGAGGUCCUGCUGGCAUUGGUCUUGCGGUUGCAAAGACAUAUGCCGAGGCUGGCGCAAAUGUUGCUAUCUGGUACAACAGUAACACUGUAGCCCACGACCGUGCUGCGGAAAUUGAGAAGGAGUAUGGUGUCAGCUGCAAGGCAUACAAAGUCAAUGUAACAGACGCCGAAGACGUGAAGAGAGGCCUCACCGAGAGUGUGAGAGACCUGAACGGACGCCUCGAUAUUUUCGUCGCCAAUGCCGGUAUUCCAUGGACCCAGGGCAACAUGAUCGACGGAGAAUUGGACCACUACCGCAAAGUUGUGACGACAGAUAUCGAUGGUGUAUACUAUUGUGCACGCGCUGCUGGCGAGAUCUGGAGGCGGCAAGCCAAAGAAGGCACCGACAUGAACGGCAACAAGCUCGACAACUACUCAUACGGCUCGUUCAUCGCAACUGCUUCAAUGUCAGGACACAUCGUCAACUUCCCUCAACUUCAGUCAGCAUACAACGCAGCAAAGGCCGCCGUAUUACAUUUGACCAAAUGCCUGGCUGUUGAAUGGAUCAAAAUCGCAAGAUGCAACUCUGUCUCUCCUGGAUACACUGCAACAGAACUUACAACAUUCGUGCCGGAAGAAACAAAAGCCAUUUGGAGGAGCAAGAUUCCCAUGGGCCGUGAGGGCGAGACACAUGAGAUGCGCGGCGCAUACCUGUACUUGGCUUCGGAUGCUGCAUCCUAUACAACUGGAGCAGACAUCAUCGUUGAUGGCGGUUACUGCUUGCCGUGA